AGAGAGAGACAGAGAGAGAAACAGGUGAGAGACAGACACCCGUAGUUAUUCAGCUCUUAUGAAACAGCAGAUGUAGGUGACACGGAUCUGAACGUCUGAGGGUGAGAUUAGGUCUGAGAGAGAGUGUGUGUGUGUGUGUGUGUGAGUGACUCACAUCCUCCUGUGCUGCUUCAGCAUCUUACACACACACACACACACACACACACACACACACACACACACACACACACACACACACACACACACACACACACACACACACACACACACACACACACACACACACACACACACACACACACACACACACACACACACACACACACACACACACACAGAUUUCAUCUCAGUAUAAUUUCAUCAAGACAAACGAUGAUUUGUGGAAAGAGCCAGGCGUCAUUCGUCGAGAGGACAACAACACUCGUUGCCAUGGCAACACUGCAUCCCGACGACGGCGUCUCCAGCUACAGGACCAGAGGAGGAAAAGCUGCGGAGCCGUGUCCUACAUCUGUCACUGUCCAGAUCAAUAGAGAUGAUCGACGAAAGAGGAAGUAAUCCUCCGUGCAGACGCUGCAUGACGAUUGGCUGAUCCUGCAGGCCCCGCCCCCUCUCUCCCUCUGUGCAAUGACAGGAGAUAAAUGAGGGGAGCGUCUGUCCGUCUUCUUUCUGCGUCGCUCCGGUGGAAACUUUGUGCAAGUUUCUUCUCCAUAUUUCCCCACGUUUUUCACGGGACAUUAAAGUACUAUCGGAAAAAAAGCUCUCAUUUCCCGACUUGAGAGCGGAGCGUGUGAACGCAGCACCAGAGGAAUCUGACCCCGGAUCAGGUUCAGGUUCAGGAUGGAGCUGGAGGACGAGCGUGGCCUCCUCGGCCCACAGCGCCUCCUGGACUCCUCCUCCUCCUCCGAUGAAGAUCGUUCUCCAGCCUCCUUCCUCCACUCCUCCCACCCAUCCUUCCUCCUCCCCAGCCCCGCCUCCUCUUCCUCCUCUUCCUCCUCUUCCUCCUCCUCUCUGACAGGAUUUAGUUCCAGCAGAGGAAGUGGAAGUGGCGGCGCUGUGGGGUCGCACCCCGACUCGUUUUCAGUGCAGGUCGACUCCGUCCUGAGGGGCGACUUCCUGACGCCCGCCGCCGCCGCCGGGCCCCGGAGGCUCUGUCUGGUGUGCGGAGACUUGGCGUCCGGGUAUCACUACGGCGUGGCGUCCUGCGAGGCCUGCAAGGCGUUCUUCAAGAGGACCGUGCAGGGCAACAUCGAGUACAGCUGCCCGGUGAUGAACGAAUGUGAGAUCACCAAGAGGAGGAGGAAGGCCUGUCAGGCCUGCCGCUUCCAGAAAUGUCUACAGGCCGGGAUGAUGAGGGAGGGCGUCCGUAUGGAUCGGGUCAGAGGGGGACGGCAGAAGUACAGGAGACGGGUGGAGACGGGACUCGGCUUCUACACCAGAGGUCCGUCCAGUCACGUGGUCUGCAGCCGAAACAAGGUGAUUUCACAUUUGCUUCUGACUGACUCCGCCCCUCUGGCUGCGGAUCAAGACGAUUCGACCAAUGACAGCAGCCUGUGCACACUGCUGACCCUGUGUGACCUCCUGAACCGGGAGCUGCUGGUUCUAAUUGGCUGGGCCAAACAGAUCCCAGGCUUCUCCGGGCUCUCAUUGGUCGAUCAGAUGUCGCUGCUGCAGAGUGGCUGGAUGGAGGCGCUGCUGGUGGGCGUGGCCUGGCGAUCGCAGGGCGCAGCAGGGGAGGAGCUUGUGUUCGCCGGGAACCUGAGGCUGGACGAAGGCCAGUGUCGAGCUGCGGGAUUGGCCGACUUGUACGAGGCGCUGCGCCACCUGACGGCGAGGUACCAGGCGAUGGACCUGAGCCCGGAGGAGGUGGUGGCGCUGAAGGCCAUGGCGCUCGCCAACUCUGACGCCGACCCGGUGGACUGUCCGGACGCGGUGCACCAGUUUCAGGACGGGCUCCACGAGGCGCUGCAGGAGUAUGAGUCGUCCUGCGGCGAGCGGCACCGGGCGGGACGCCUGCUCAUGAGCCUGCCGCUGCUGCGUCAGGCCGCCGACCGCGCCGCGCAGACCCUCCUGCGCCUGCACCGGUGCCACCGCAUCCCGCUCCACAAGCUGCUGCUGGAGAUGCUCGACGCCAAGUCCUGAGGGGCGUCCCGUCCCGAGACCACGGACGGCAACGAGACUGUCGUCCAGUUUUCGUCAGGAUACAGUAAAAAAAAACCAGCAUCAAACUCACUGACUUCACGAUGGAAAACACUUCUAUUCUGUCCAGAGAAGAACCGUGAAAAACCAGAGACACUGAACGCCACGUCAUUGUCACCUGGACACAUUGUUUCAUGGUAUAAACAUUUACAUUUCUGAUCUGUAUUUUUUGUAAAAGAUAUUUUGCUGUGAACAUUUUCUUUGGGUGUUUGAGUGAGUGAUGGUUUUACCUGGUUACCGUAGCAACAAGGGCGGGGGGAGGGCAGGGGGGGAUGAUUGAUUAUCGGCAGCUGAUCAGUCUCAUCGAGCCGAUUGAAUAAAUGACGACACGUGAUUCUCGUCUGGUUUUGUUUUUCCUCCUCGUGUCUUUGAGCCGAUCACGUGAUCGAUUGUCGUCAAUAAUAAAUACAAACGAAAAGUUCAGGGCCCACGGGGAAAAGGAGCGAUGAUGCUUACCUGGAAAUCCUACUGAGAGAAAAAGAAAAGUAAUGACUUUGACUAAGAAAUAAAUUCUGUCUUCAGUGAAAGUUAACGAUGCGACUAAUCGUUAAGACUCAUUAUCUAUUGAAUAUUUAUCAGAGGACAGUAAAGAUCCUCGCCGCACCUUUCAGAAUACGACUCAUUUUAAUAAUCGAUUGAUCAACGUGUCAAUAGAUGGAUCUGAUAAACGUCACCACAUGACGUGUGGACAAACUGAUGUUCUGAUAAAUUACCAAACUGGAUCUGGUUGCAUAAUCAAUUGUGAAACGGUGAUCAGAUGAAUCAAGAGGGACAAUUACAGAUAUUGGGAUGUGUUCAAGUGUUCAAGUGUUCCUGAACGAUGACGCAGCAGGUGACAUCACAUCGCAGCUGAAGCUAUGUAAAU